CCCAUCUCUCACAUCACGUUUAUCAGUUUGCGGUUUAUAAUAGACAACCCAGACAGGAUGCAGUUCUCGAAACUAUUGGUGAUUUUGAUCAGUGUUACUUCCGGCUUAGUGCUCGCCAAAGAGGGUUCCAAAUAUAUCUUCACUUGCGACCACCAAACAUUCAAAGGCAAGCCGGCCCCACAGGCAGUUUGUGGGCGACUAAUCCACUUCCCUGACCAGCCCACCAAGGCCCCCACAGACUUCAAUCUGGUGGAGCCGAUUUCCAGUGGCUCGAAAUCAAAACAAAAUCCUAAAUCGAACUCAAACUCGAAUUCGAAGCCCGAACCAAUCGUGAACAAGCUAGUAUGUGCAGACUAUAGAUAUCUGGCCAUGUGCUGUCACCCGAAUACAGUCAAUUUCGAGCACAAGCCUUCUACUCUUCCAAUUCAAGCCGUCAAUGAUCGAUGCACCAACCCCCCUAGGCUUUGAUUCAUUUGAAUAGUGGACACUUCAACCAUCUAAGUUUUUUUGUUGUCCUUUUUGGUUAACAGCAAAGAUUAUAUUGUA